AUGAAGUGUUGCCGUGAACUACUCCGCCACAGUAGAGAUCGUUUAAGUUGCAGCCACCGUGAUGGCGGCACGCCCGGCGCCAGCACCGGUCCUGGCGCUCGACUGCGAUCAUGUACCAUAUGGCUCCGAUCGUCUGAAAAACAGACGACAAUAUUGAGUGAGAAAGAGGACCAGCAAGAAAGGAUCGACGAUCAACUCGCCCCUCCCGAACACCAUAGUAUAGCGUGCAAUAAAACCGGUUCGGAAUUGCAGAUAAAUGUGAAACACGUAAAAGAAGUCGAUAAAUGUCCUAAGAACACAAGCUAUGAUCUGAAGCCUUUUGUCCAAGGACAGGCACCGCCUCUCGCCAUCCACCACCGGAAUAUAGAAGAAGAGAGGGUCGAGUGA